UGUAAUGAUAAAUGAAAACGCUGAAGCUUAUCCUAAACAUAUGUUAAAGAUGAGUUUAUCUUGCAGUGAGUUUAAUUAUCAAGUAAAAAUAUUAAAUUCACUGUAAUGUGAAAAGAGAUUGGCCUUCUUCCUUAACUGCUGAUUUCCAUUUCCAAACAAAAUGGAAAAUAUUUGGCUUCCUGAAUGACAUGGCUACUGUUAACAUGCUGAGUUGGUGAUGAAGCAUAAAUCUGAUUUUGCAACACCAGAGCCAAGCACAACAUCACGCAUUGAAGAUGGAACUGCCUAUAAAUAAGCAGAAGAGAGCAUAUAUUGAGGACAGAGGUGCAGUCACUGCAAAUUUGGAAUACUUUUUGGUGACAGGAUAAAGACUGGUGAGAAAGGAUUAUAAACAUGGCUGUGUGGAUCCAAGCCCAGCAGCUGCAGGGAGAUGCCCUUCACCAGAUGCAAGCAUUGUAUGGCCAGCAUUUCCCCAUUGAGGUGCGCCAUUAUUUAUCCCAGUGGAUUGAAAGCCAAGCGUGGGACUCAAUAGAUCUUGAUAAUCCACAGGAGAACAUUAAGGCCACCCAACUCCUGGAGGGCCUGGUGCAGGAGCUGCAGAAGAAGGCGGAGCACCAAGUGGGGGAAGAUGGGUUCUUACUGAAGAUCAAGCUGGGGCACUAUGCCACGCAGCUCCAGAACACGUAUGACCGCUGCCCCAUGGAGCUGGUCCGCUGCAUCCGGCACAUUCUGUACAAUGAGCAGAGGCUGGUCCGAGAAGCCAACAAUGGCACCUCUCCAUCUGGAAGUCUUGCUGACACCAUGUCCCAGAAACACCUUCAGAUCAACCAGACAUUUGAGGAGCUGCGACUGGUCACGCAGGACACGGAGAAUGAACUGAAGAAGCUGCAGCAGACUCAAGAGUACUUCAUCAUCCAGUAUCAAGAGAGCCUGAGGAUCCAGGCUCAGUUCGCCCAACUGGCCCAGCUGAACCCCCAGGAGCGUCUGAGCCGGGAGACAGACCUCCAGCAGAAGCAGGUGUCCCUGGAGGCCUGGCUGCAGCGCGAGGCCCAGACGCUGCAGCAGUACCGUGUGGAGCUGGCCGAGAAGCACCAGAAGACGCUGCAGCUGCUGCGCAAGCAGCAGACCAUCAUUCUGGAUGACGAACUGAUCCAGUGGAAGCGCAGGCAGCAGCUGGCCGGGAACGGAGGGCCCCCCGAGGGCAGCCUGGACGUGCUGCAGUCCUGGUGUGAGAAGCUGGCCGAGAUCAUCUGGCAGAACCGGCAGCAGAUCCGCAGAGCUGAGCACCUCUGCCAGCAGCUGCCCAUCCCCGGCCCAGUGGAGGAGAUGCUGGCCGAGGUCAACGCCACCAUCACAGACAUCAUCUCAGCCCUGGUGACCAGCACAUUCAUCAUUGAGAAGCAGCCCCCUCAGGUCCUGAAGACCCAGACCAAGUUUGCAGCCACCGUGCGCCUGCUGGUGGGCGGGAAGCUGAACGUGCACAUGAACCCCCCACAGGUGAAAGCCACCAUCAUCAGCGAGCAGCAGGCCAAGUCCCUGCUCAAGAACGAGAACACGCGCAAUGAUUACAGUGGAGAGAUCUUGAACAAUUGCUGUGUGAUGGAGUAUCACCAAGCCACUGGCACCCUCAGCGCCCACUUCAGAAACAUGUCCCUGAAACGAAUUAAGAGGUCUGACCGUCGUGGAGCAGAGUCGGUAACAGAAGAAAAAUUUACAAUCCUGUUUGAGUCACAGUUUAGUGUUGGUGGAAAUGAGCUGGUUUUUCAAGUCAAGACCCUGUCCCUCCCGGUGGUGGUGAUUGUCCACGGCAGCCAGGACAACAAUGCGACGGCCACUGUUCUCUGGGACAAUGCUUUCGCAGAGCCUGGCAGGGUACCAUUUGCCGUGCCUGACAAAGUGCUGUGGCCGCAGCUGUGUGAUGCGCUCAACAUGAAAUUCAAGGCUGAAGUGCAGAGCAACCGGGGCCUGACCAAGGAGAACCUGGUGUUCCUGGCGCAGAAACUGUUCAACAGCAGCAGCGGCCACCUGGAGGACUACAACAGCAUGUCCGUGUCCUGGUCCCAGUUCAACAGGGAGAAUUUACCAGGACGGAAUUACACUUUCUGGCAGUGGUUUGAUGGCGUGAUGGAAGUGUUAAAAAAACAUCUCAAGCCUCAUUGGAAUGAUGGGGCUAUUUUGGGUUUCGUGAAUAAGCAACAGGCCCAUGACCUACUCAUUAACAAGCCUGAUGGGACCUUCCUACUGAGAUUCAGUGACUCUGAAAUUGGCGGCAUCACCAUUGCUUGGAAGUUUGAUUCUCAGGAAAGAAUGUUUUGGAAUCUGAUGCCUUUCACCACCAGAGACUUCUCUAUCCGGUCCCUGGCGGACCGCUUGGGGGACUUGAAUUACCUUAUCUACGUGUUCCCUGAUCGGCCAAAAGAUGAAGUGUACUCCAAGUAUUACACACCAGUUCCAUGCGAGCCUGCCACUGCUAAAGCAGUGGACGGAUACGUGAAGCCACAGAUCAAGCAAGUGGUCCCUGAGUUUGUGACAUCUGCAGACUCUGCAGGGGGCAGUGCCACCUACAUGGACCAGGCCCCCUCUCCAGUCGUGUGCCCCCAGGCUCAUUAUAACAUGUACCCGCAGAAUCCUGACCCCGUCCUUGACACUGACGGAGACUUUGAUCUGGACGACACGAUGGAUGUGGCGCGCCGUGUGGAGGAACUCUUAGGCCGACCGAUGGACACUCAGUGGAUCCCGCACGCACAGUCGUGACCUCUCAUCUCCAUCUUCAGCGUCUUCGUCCUCGCUAGAGGAGUUACUCUUGUGGAUGUUUUAAUUCCAUGAAUCGCUUCUCUUUGGAAACAAUACUCAUAAUGUGAAGUGUUAAUACUAGUUGUGACUUUAGUGUUUCUAUGCAUGGUGACACCAGUGAAGGGAGUGUGUGUGUGCGCGUGCGCGCGUGCGUGUGUAUGUGAGUUUGUACGUUGUGGUGUUUCUCCCCCUUGCUGUCCAGAGUUUAGCUAUAGCAUUGGGGCCGCAAACAGAUGCUGUGGUUGUUUUAACCUUGUACAAAAAGGCAGUUAUUUCCAUGAACCCUGGAAUUUGGCCACGUGUCUUGAGGGUAGCUGAACUUGACAUGUUCACUUAAGAGAAGGACAAAGGGAGGAGAAAGCACCUCCUCUCUGUUGAGUCUUUGUCACUGUGUCUGCCAAGCAAUUGUUAUAUAACCAUGAUUGUCUCUGCUUUUCUUCUGAAACGUAGAAACUGCCUUUUGACAAAGCAAGCCAGUCCUCCCUCCCCACUCCCCCUCACCGCCGUUUUCCUGGAUAGUGAUAGGAAAAGGGCCAACAUAUGAGGGUUGUUGGGGCAAGGGAGUCAGGGGUUUGGGGAUGGGUAGUGGCUUUUUAAAUAAUGCUUAACCCAUCUUAAUGUUCUCCCCCGCUUCCCUCCCUGCCUGCCUCCCUCCCUCCUCUCACUCUAUGGGACUGCCACUCAGUUCCUCUGUGUGUGCACAUGUGCAGACACGUUUGAUGGACUAGAGGGAAGAAGAGAGGGUCACAUAACUGAAGCUGACAGUGUUGAUGUCCUUCGUGUUGGCAGCCAGAGUGGAAUGCCCAUCCCUGACUCGAAGGUGCUGAGUGUUGCCUUGUCACCCAAGGAGGGUGCACUACUAGUCCGCCCAUCCUUCCUCUGCCCUGAGCGAGGCUUUCUGAAAGCUCAUCGAUAAUGGCUUUUUGCAAAUGUUGAAUGGUGUUUUUGUUUCUAAAUUGAGACUUUUUGUUUUCCCCUUUCUACCCUAAUCUGACAUCAAAAUUCUUUCUUGCUGUGUCAGGUCACCUCAUUUCCCUUCACUGUUCACACACAAUGUCUUGGAGUGUGGGUGGCAAGAGCAUGGUCCAAACCCAGGGCCAGCACGGUCAGUGGGUGUCAUUGCCCACCUGGUACUAGGUGCUGGGUGUCAGGCCUUGGUAGUUUGGGGGAAUGCAGUCAGCAGGUUUGCUGAAAGUUUGGUAAGCUGCGAAAACAAAACAAAACAAAAAGCCUCAGCAUAAUUUUGCCCACAUUUCUUCUGUAGUUUUACACCAGAAAGAAGGAAUGGGCUAUGGUAGGCAAGUGGGAAGAGGCGGGAGCAGGUAGAGCUUUCGGGUUAAGCCUACAAGGUCACCCCCGGCCCCCUCUCUAAAAGAAGGACAUGACCACGCCCAGGAGAGAAUGGCUCUAAAAACCUUAUUUUUAUACAUGUGAGUAAAUAAACAGAUAUUUUUUUUUUUACAAAAAUAACUUCUGAACUUAUCAGUGUUUUGAUGUUAAAGGAAAAUAUUUCUCUGUAGUAAUUAUUUAUUGGAAGAUGACUUUUAAAAGCUGCUGUUUGCCCUGGCUUGGUUUCAUACACUGAUUUAUUUUUCUAUGCCAGGCAGUAGAAUCUCUCUCUCUCUGCCUCUGAGGAGCAGGUUUGACCCCUCCAUUGAUACCAGCAUUGACAUAGGAUGCUACUAAGCCCCUACGUACCCCUCAAGAUUUGAUUAAAAUUCCACCUGUGAUAUGGGAGUGUUGGGGAAGGUGAAAAGGAAGCCUGACUGCUCUCGGGCCCCGUCUUAAAGAGCCCUCAUCUGCCCAUCACUCAGGCUUCGUCAUCAUGUGCUUCUUGCUGUCCCAGUAGCCCUGAUAGUGAGGGGAACAGGGAUAGACACACUUUCAUAUUGGCAGUGGACCCAGCCCUAGGGCAUGCUGUAGGCAGAGCUCUCACUUUACAGUUGGCAUUGGGGUUUGGAGGCCAAGUGCUGAGCGUGGGGUUCCCAUGCUUGUACAGUUGCUGACCUGUCUUCAAUUUUCCUGAGGCUGUGCCUAUGGUGGGGAGACAUUUUUGACUGAAAAGUGCGAUCAUUAUCUGCAUUAUACUUCCUGUCUCCCUGUUCCUGCAAACUAGAAGAGGCAAUGGGAAGACUUGACUGCCUCAGCCUCUCAGUCGCUCCCAGACACACACACAGAAGUCAUCAAAGUGUUCCAACUCCAUGUGUGCUACGUGCAGGGUUUUGUAGGGGGUGGGGGGGAGAAAAAGCGAAUAUAACUUAAAAUGGAACUUUACUUUUUAUAAUUUUUCUUUUUAAAACUUUGUGAAAUUAUUUCAGAUACAUAUUUUAGUGUUGAGUCAGAUUACUAUUUAGCCACCGAAAAAAGGUAUUGUGUAUAAUUUUACCUGGGGCAAUCACAAAAUUGUGUAUUUUAUGUUACAAUAAAGGCUUCCUCUGCAGGGACAA